UAAUGGCUGAAGAUACUGGAGGAGCUUUCACUAAUUUCACCCUCAUUUUUAUCGGGUUUUCGUUACCUCUGCUGGGAAGAUGGCAGGGCACACAGCCUCGAUAAACGGCCAGAGACCCCCGCUGUUGUCAUGCCCAAGAAAGGGAACCGAAAACGGCUGAAAUUUAGAGCCGAGGAUGUUUGCUCGGAGUCAGUAACUGUGGCUGACUAUGCCAACACCUAUCCCGCCAUCGUGAAGUCGGGAAGAGUUAAAAAGGCUAUUGUUAAUGCAAUUGAAAAAUAAGUGAAAUUACUCUGUGGACUCGAGGCAUCCCAGGGUCCCGUGCAGGAAGUGCUCUCCUCUGCAGUUGGUGUGAGUAAUGCAGCCCUUGAGAGCAGUGAUGAACUGAACUCAGAGGAAGGGGAUGAAAUCAAAGGGUCCCGCAAAAAGAAAAACAAAAGACACAAAGAAAACAGUGGGAGCAUAGAUGGAGAGGAGUAUCCCAUUGAUAUUUGGCUUCUGCUUGCUGCAUACAUUCGGCCAGAAGACGUCUGCAGAUUUUCUGUGAUCUGCAAGAAUGCUUGGACAGCCACGUGCACGGCUGCAUUUUGGACAUGACUCUACAAAAGGCACUAUAACCUUGAUGCAGACCUCCCCGAUCGCCUUCAACCUGAUUGUAUUGUAAAGAUGCGUUGUCUUCGUGCCCGUGUGAUUCGCUCGCUUUUUCACUUAUAUGAGCCCUUUAGCUUGCGGGUGUCCAAAAGCCCUCCUCUCCCUGAAUCUACGCCUACAACACUCCUCAAUUCCAAGUGUUUGUUGUUUUGGGUCAACAAAGUGUCUGGAAGUAGGUCAGAGCCGAUGUGGGAAUUCAACUUCAAGUUUGUGAAACUGCCAACCAAGGGCAAAAAUGGAUGCAGUUUGAGUCUUCAGCUGCCCAGGCAGUAUAACGAUGUUCACACUAAUCCAGACUCGGACUGUUAUCUGCUGCGAGUCACUACCCUCAAUUUUAUUUUCACUUCUGUUGUGAUGGGCAUGACGUUAACUUUGUUUACCAUUAAUGUGAGCACAGACAUGAGGCACCACCGAGUGCGCCUGGAGUUCCAGGAUUCACCAGUCAUUCGAGGGAAGAAGCUUAGGGGUGAACAGGGGGUGCAGGUAGUGCUGGACCCUGUCCACAGCGUACGCCUCAUUGACUGGUGGCACCCUCAGUACCCCACAUCCUCAUAUAAUUAGACUAAUGAACUCCAAACUUGUCAAUUACAAAAAUAUUGCAGAAGACAAUUCAGGCCUGUUUCGACCAACCCUAAAGUCCUGGCUUGGUAGUCUGGUUUUCUGUUGAAUUUUACACUUUGUACUUCGUGUGCUGCUUUUAUGGACACUUUAGUUUUGAUUUGUAGUCCAAACUCAAGGUCUCAAGACAAUGUAUGUGGCAGUUGACUUUAAUAGUCUGGGUAGCUGGCAUAUUUAAUUUGAUUGGUUUCACGAUAGAUGUACAGAAGAUAGAAGUUGAUUCAAAAUGUCAUGCUGCCAUUUUUAACCUAUGUUUUAUUGGAGAUGUUUUUUUUCUUCUGCUGAAAAUUGUGGAAUUUUUUCUCCACUUGAUCAAAUUCCAAGUACACAACAGUACAACCCUCUGAACAGACUCUGCUUGCCGCCCUCAGUUUUUAAGGCAAAAAUAUGUUCACAUUAAAUAUGGCAUCUACAUCAGUAUAUGGUAAUGGUAUGCUUUUCUUGCCCAUUGAGAGUGGUUUAGAAAAUUCAUCAUCAGGUUAUAACACUUGUAUAGUAGGGUUUGCAUGCCUCUAAUCUUGAAUCAUAUGUGAUUUAAUAAUUAGUUGUUGUUUUUUGUUUUUUCUUCAAUAGCAUUCUCGAGAUUAACCUUAAUUCUUUAGAUUUCUCAUUCUGUCUCUCUGCAAAUGUAUAAAUCGGUAAACUAAAUGAGCAUUCAAUCUAUAAAAAAUGUUUUAAAAAAAUUCCAGUAUUAAAAAAACAAGACAUAUUAAGGCAAGUCAACUCUGGAGAGGUAUAGUGUAACCCAUUUUGAAAACCCUUUAGCCUGGUGUUAGAUUUAGGGGCAAAAAGCUAAGAUUUUAUGUAUUCAGUGCUUUCUGUGGGGAUAUUCUGAGUUCAGCUUUACUACUGUGCAUGCUUGCCUAGUUAAAUCGUGUCUAAUUGACUGCAUUGGCGAGGGAGUUUCUACGUGUUGUAGAUAAGUGUCUUUAGUUAAGUGAAUGUUAUUGUUUGUGAUCAAGAGGAGUUAUUAAAUCUGUAGAUAAAACCAAAGUUAAAAUGUAUUUCCUUAAAUCCAGAAGUUGUGUUUUGUGUGUGAAGUAAAUUGUUUCUUUCUAAUUUAGAGCUUGUGUUUUGUUUUAGACUGGAAAACGAAGGCGCUGAUGUUUCAAACUAUUAAAUAAGACACGCCAUAA